CUAGUCAAUUGACAUGCAGCAUGCAAAGAAGGGUCCUUCUUCUCUCUAAACCCUAAUCGUCGGUGAAUUGAAUUCUGAUCCCAAGACGAUUUCGCCUUUAACCUAGAUUAGGGCGUUUUAUUUCCUCCUCUGUAAAACCCAAUUGGUCUCUCUUUUUCAGGCGAUCCGAUUCGAUGUCACUCGUCCGUUGCUUAUCCCUCAGGUCGGUGCUUAACGCUCGCCGUUACCGAUCCUCUUAUGCUUGUCUUGUCCCCCUUAACUAUCGUCGUGAUGAAGAAGAAGAAGAAGCUACGCGCCAAUUCCCAGAAACUCGGAGUUACCACAGUUUCAUCCAUCACCAGAGCUCGAGCUUCUCUCGCAAUCGGUCUUCCUUCCAAUCUCCCGCGAUUCCGUCUCAUCGCACCAUUUCGACCUUCAACUUCACUGGCUCGACCGCAACUGUUGAAAUCCUCACCGAUUGGGUUUUGAAAUCUGCUGUUUCUAAUGUCUGUGCUUUACACAAUGUUGCUGAUGCUCUUGCUUCACUUCAACACUUGCUCGCCUUGCUCAGUGCUUUCACAUUUUCUCAGUGGUGGGUGUGUAUCAUCGUCACAUCGCUUUUGAUUCGGGGAGUGACGAUUCCGGUUUUGAUUGAUUGGCUAAACAACAUUGCUGAGUAUUUCAAGAAUGUUGGCUCGCACUAUGCUUCACCGCAAGGGGAGGCUCUAAACAAGGCAUCACUUCUCAGAAAAAGUGGAAGACUAAUGUACACCAUGCUGGAAAAGGAGUUUCUUGGAGUGAAAGGAUCAAUCAGUGGCAAGGGCAUUCAGGUUCCUCUCUUCUGGCUUUCCAUUGAAGAGUUAAGACAAAACAUGGCUGGGAUUCUUGUUUCCUGUCUUCGUGGUAAGACAUUUUCAGCGGAACUAAUCAGGAACGGAGUCUUGAGCGAAGGACGCUUAGUGAUAGUCGUUGGUGAUGGAUUCGGCCUUGAAAUCCAAAUCUUCGAUCUUGAUUUCUCUCUUAUCCUCAGGCGUCGUCAAGUCCAGAAACAGGCUCAGCAAUACCAUCAGUAUCUAUUGGAGUAGCAUGGAAACUAAUGCGACAAUGACAUAAAGCUACGAUUUAUUAUUUUUUGGUUGAAAUUGGUUUCGUAACCUAUUUGCGUAUUGAUUGAUGUUGAUAAAGCGUGUCUGGACGUUAGAGGACUCGAAAACUUUGGGAAAAUACAAAUAAUCAUUCUU